AUGGUCGGUGAUCAAGACAAGCACAAUAACGCUCCACAAAAAAGCAUCACUUGCAUGAAACCGGAUGGAACAACUGAUAUUGAGUGCGAUGAAGAUACCUUCUCUGUUAGAACACCUGUGCGAAGAGGUAGUCCUAAACCACCUGUUGGACAGCAACAUUUCACAUGGGCACCUCGUCGUCCGUGUCACAGCGCUGCUUUGGACACCUUAAGACGAGAGCGACUCUUGGCCAAUGUCCGACGAAAGCUUGUCUUCGAUGAUCUAUGA